CAAUAUAUAACAUCUCUUUUUGUUCUAUGGCCGCUGGCAUUAUUGAUUUGUGCCAGCCGAGCGUGUGCCUUCAAACUAGGACGUAUUUCCACGCCUUUAAAGGCAGUCGUAUGCCUAGCCAUUUCGCAUUCCGUUCAAUUCCCUCAUAUUCAUUUCCCCUUUCUUCAUUGUACUGCAAAAUGUUAGUGGAGCUUUUUGGUGUUGCCUUGUUCGUAUGUGGUGCCAUAGCAGGUGGCCAACAAAUGCCUGAAUUUGGGGAACCUAUAUUUCCGGAUUCACAAUUUAUCGACUUGAUUUCCCGUGAUAUUGAAAGUGCUUCCGGGCCAAUUGCGUUUGGUCAUAAAUUUAUGACAGGAGGUGCCGGUGAAGGAGACCAACAACUCCACCCAGAAUCUGAAUUUUCACACCGCCAAGAGAUUAAAAGUGACAAUGUUUUGCCAGCAUAUUGUGAUCCUCCAAAUCCCUGCCCUGUAGGCUACUCCAGUCGAGAUGGAUGUUUGGAGGAGUUUGAUAACACCGCUGAUUUUUCACGUAGCUACCAGGCCAAUCAGCAAUGCCUUUGUGACCAAGAACACAUGUUUAAUUGUCAAACAAAAAGCAAUUCUGAGCAAUAUGAACAAGACUUAGAACAGGUCUUGGCCAAAAAUGGACUCCACAAAUCGAUGAUUGCAAAGAAAUUCCAUGUUACUAGGGCUGAGGAGCCUCGGCGACGCAAACGUUCUAUCGCUCCCCAACAAAAGCAACAUCAAUCAUACAGCCGCUACAAUCCUUACUUAGAAGGUGAACCUUUAAAUUCUGUCUCAAAGAAGGAUGGACGGAAAGUAAUGCAAAUGUGA